AUGGCAGAUCUUAACUGGUGUACUUCUUGUGAUAAUGCAGUGAGCCCAUUUUCGGACUCUCUUUACUGCAGUGAACAAUGUUUACGAACGGAUGCUUUACGCAACCAUCCACUGCUAGGUUACACAUACCCUGAAUUCACUGAUUUUCCUCGCCCUCGUACCCUUUCCAAUGUCUCGUCUGCAUCCACUUCACCUGCAUUAACAGCUUCAUCUCAAAGUUCAUCACCACCCAAAUUUGAUCUUUCCAGUCAUACAUAUAACAAAAUACAUACCCCAAAAAAAACAUACAGUCCUUUCUUUUCUUGA